AUGCAGUGGUGCUGGGACUUCGCUCUCCUUAUCGCUUGCUUUUUGUGUUUUUCCAGUGAUGCCUUUCAAAGAAUUUCACUCAAAAAGAUGCCCUCAAUCCGAGAAACCCUGCAGGGGAUGGGCAUGAAAGUGGCAGAUGUCUUUCCUUCUUUGAAGCACAGGAUCUAUUACCUUGGUGAAGGGCUUCAUAACAAAACAGCACCUACCAUUCUAACAAACUACUUGGAUAUGCAGUAUUAUGGUGAAAUCAGUAUUGGAACACCAGCCCAGAUCUUCAAGGUUGUCUUUGACACAGGGUCAGCUAAUCUUUGGGUGCCAUCCCACCAAUGCCCCCCAUUGUUCAGUGCCUGUGUCUCACACAAUCGUUAUGACUCCUCUGAAUCAAGUACAUACAAGCCAAAUGGAACUGAAAUUGCGUUAGUAUAUGGCCAAGGAUACAUUAAGGGUUUCCUUAGCCAGGAUGUUGUCAGAGUUGCUGACAUUCCCAUCAUCCAAGUCUUUACAGAAGCUAUAGCACUAGCUAGCAAUCCUUUCAUCUAUGCUCGGUUUGAUGGAGUGCUUGGUAUGGGCUAUCCCAACCAAGCCAUUGAUGGCGUUAUCCCAGUUUUUGAUAAAAUAAUAUCCGAAAAGGUCUUGUCGGCAAAGGUCUUCUCUGUCUACUAUAGCAGAAAUUCAGAGUUGAACACCGGGGGAGAGAUUAUCCUGGGUGGCAGUGAUCCAUCUUACUACACUGGAGACUUCCACUACGUCAGCAUUAGCAGAGAAGGCUAUUGGCAUGUUGACCUCAAGGGAGUGUCUAUAGAAAAGGAUAUAGUACUUUGUCAUGAAGGAUGUACAGCAGCUAUAGAUACUGGCUCUUCCUUUAUCACUGGGCCAGCCAGUUCAGUGUCUGUUCUGAUGAAAACCAUAGGAGCUACUUUGGUAGAAGAACAAAAUUAUGUCGUUGAAUGUAAAAAAAUUCAUUUGCUGCCUGACAUUUCCUUCCAUCUUGGAGAUGUAACCUACUCACUCAGCAGUUCUGCCUAUGUCCUCAAGCAUUCGGAGUAUGGGAAACAGCUCUGCGUUGUGGCAUUCUCAGCUCUUGACAUUGCUCCUCCUCUAGGCCCUCUCUGGCUUCUGGGUGCAACUUUCAUUAAGCAGUACUACACUGAAUUUGACCGGCAGAACAAUCGGAUCGGUUUUGCCACAUCGCUCUGACAGCUGAAAAGUCCCAUUGUGGAAGAUGCUCACUUUUGAGAGAUUGAACUGUGAAAGAGAAUAGCUUGAUAAUAGAUUCUGUUAUACGACAAACAGUUAUGCCCUUUUAGUUGUAACAUUUUGAAUCCCAUCAUCUUUGGACCACUGUCCUCUUUUCAUCUAUCCUAUUGAGCUUAAAGGCGAAAGCUGUUUCUUUCUUAAAAUCAAGUUAAUGAUGCAGAAAGUGACAUUACAGAGGAUUUUCAGGUUAUUUUGCAUUCAGACCUAUCUUUGCUUAGCUUCAUCAGGUGGCUGAAUCAUUGCAAUGCCACCAUGCCUUGGAUUAGUAUCAAACUGACUUUCAAAUAUUAGCCAUGUAUGAAGAAGACUGUUUAUGAUACAGACAACUGGCCUGUGAUGUCAAUAGAUAGUCUUCAAUUUCUUAGAAGUGUCAGGGCAGGCCUCCAGACUGCAACUUCUUCCUCCU